AUGGCAAGAUCUCUUCCCAGUUCCCACUCAUUCUGCUUGGCCAUGAUCAGAGAUGAACUCGAAUCCACGGAGAUGAACUUUGACGAGGCUGAGGAAGACAGAGGAAAACAGAGCAACAGGCGAUUAAGACAGCACAAGCUUUGUUCUUCAGGCAAACUUCUGAAAAGAAAUCCUUCACCAUCCACCCAUCUCAACACCUCAAGCCUGCAAGAAGAUUUCAAUGCAUCCAAGAUUAAUCAAUUUGUCGAUAAUUCUGAACUCAUAAGGCCUUACAAUAUUGAUCCAAACUACAACAUUCAUGGAGUCCGAUUCAAAGACAAGGGAUUGACAUAUCAGACAUGCUCUUUUCCUGCUAGUCUCUACGCAUUGGCGUGA